AUGAGGUCCGCAGGUGUCCUGUGGCCGCUCGUCUGCCUAGCCUUGGCCAGAGAUGUCAGCAUAAGAUCCAACUCCUCGGAACCGACUUUAGGUUAGUUCUAACUUUAGCAUAUCAACCACAGCCGAGGAUUUGCAGACCCGCGCAUGCUGAAUGAAACAGCUCAACGCGAUGCGGCCAUGCAAAAUGUGCCUCUGAUCAGACUCACCCGAUAUCUUUUAUCACACGACAGGUGCUGUCUAUCGCCUUUUUUUCUUAUUUGAUCUUUCAUUAUUUUUUUUCAAAAAAUGUUCCCCGUCCUUUCUUCAUCUUACUUUGAAUUUUCCAGAUAUGACAUCAGAGUACGACCUAUCAUUGAUCAUACCAAACCGUUAAAAGUUCACAUCAGUAUUUCUUUGUAUCAAAUCAUCGAAGUGGUAAGCUCAUUCGGCUAUCAACACUGUGAUAAAUACAAAAAACUGACAGGAUGAGCCAGCGCAGAACAUCCGGCUGAACGUGUGGAUGAUCCAGAAAUGGCGCGACGAGUACCUCGACUGGGAUCCGCGAGAAUUCGGCAUGAUCAAUUCGACGAUAAUCCCCUUCAACCACCUAUGGAUACCCGACACCUAUCUCUAUAACAGCGUCAAAAUGAGUCGAGACGAAACCGAACGCUACAUGAAUAUCCAGGUUCUCUAUUUCCGUUGGCAUCCUUUCCAGCCGCCUUCCUGCAGGUAUCCACCAACCAUUGGAAAGGAGAGAACGGAUCCGAUCUCUCUUUUUUGUAUCCAGCCAUCUACACCAUCACUUGCCGCUUGAACAUAAGGUGA